CUGAAUUUUGUAAAACCUUUUUGUGCUCGAAAUGGCGGAGACUACAAACGUGCUUAACGCGCUUAUUUUUGAUUUUUUGAAAAAAAGUAAUAUAAAACUUGCUGCCCAAUUUCAGAAAGAAACUAAGGCGGUAUCUUUGGCCAAAGGUUCGCCUGUGCUUAAUGAACUUGUUUCAUAUUAUUUCAAAUCAGGUCCCAAAGCAAAACAAUUAAAAGUCAAUGCACCAGAAAGUGAGGAUUCCAGCAGUGAGGAAGAGGAAACACAAAAAUCUAAGGCGGUGGUAAAUGGGAAUGUAAAAGUAACUAAUCGUCCAAUUAAAUCACAUGAAAAGGACAGCAGUUCUGAAGAUUCUUCAGAUGACGAAGAACCACUUAAAACUGUUAAACCAUCCAUUAAACCUAUUCAAAAGAGAGCAGAGAGUUCUGAUGACUCCUCUUCUGAAGAGGAGAAAGUAAAAAAACCGCCAGUGAAAUCAAUACAAAAACAAGCACAGAUUCCAGUUAAAUCAGCAGUAAAAAAAGGUAGUUCCGAAGACUCUUCAGAAGAUUCAUCAGAUGAACCAGAGAGGGCUCCUGUUAAAUCAGUUCAAAAGAAAGAACCGCCAGUACAGAAGCAAAUUACAAAACAUGUUCAAAAGAAAGAAAGUAGUUCAGAAGAUUCAUCUGAGGAAGAAGUCAAAAUGGCAGCCAGCAAACCAUCUCAAACAAAUCGACCACAAAAUAAGUCUCAAAAAGAGGAAAGCUCUGAUGAAAGUUCAUCCGAGGAGGAGGCCCCCAAAAAACCAGUUUUGAAAACACUAGCUAAACCUUCAGUGGAUAUCAAAAAAGCUGAAUCUAGCUCCGAGGAUUUCUCUGAUGAGCAUGAAUCUGUUAAGAAAUCUGUUACAAAAUCAACAGCAAUAAAAAUUCUACCACCAAAAACACAAAAGAAACAAGAAAGUAGUAGUGAGGAUAGUUCAUCAGAAGAAGAAGAAGCGCCUAAGAAAACUAUAAAUCCCACUCCAGUAAAAGCAGAACCAGCUCAAACAGGUGUGAAGAGGAAAGUUGGAAGUAGUUCAUCUGAAGAAUCGUCAGGUGAAAAACCAUUAGUCAAAAAAUCUGCAGUUACUCCUGCAAGAAAACCUGUUAAUGUGGCGAAAAAAGUAGAAGAAAGCAGUUCGGAAGAUUCAAAAAAAAAAUGUUCAAAAAAAGAAAGCAGUUCAGAUGAUACAUCCAGUGAAGAAGAAACAGCAGAAGUCAAAAAACUUGCUCCAGCGCCACAAAACAAAUCUACAGCAAAGAAAGAAGUAAGUAGUUCUGAAGAUUCAUCUGAAGAGGAACUGAAGAAAGCUGCUUCCAAACCACAAUCUGUAACUAAAAAAUAUACUUCUACUAAAAAGGAAAGUUCAUCAGAAGAUGACAGUGAUGAUGAAGAUGAAGAUGAAAAGCCAGCUUUAAAAAAGAUUUCUGUCACCUCUACACUCAAAAAGUCUGUUAAAAAAGAGUCAUCUGAUGACGACGAAGAGGAAGAAGCAAACAGCGCUCCACAACUACAAAAGCAACGAAGUGUACAACAUGAAGAUGAGAAUGAAGAAAGUGAAUUGAAAAUAAAAAAACCCAAGUAUGACAAUUUUGUUAAAGCAGGCCAUAAUAAAAGUUUUGAUGGAAAUGACAAGCAAAGAAAUAUUCCAUUCCGCCGUGUCAAGGAUGAGGAGGUAUUCAUUGAUCCACGAUUAAAAGAUAACUCAUUUGAAGCUAAGGGCGAUAGAAAUUCGUUCGGUAGCCGUGGUGGUAGAGGGAGGGGAGCUCGAGGUGGCUUCCGUGGUGGAUUCAACAACAGAAGUUCUGACGGCGGCGACAGAAAUAGCUGGGGAGGAGGAAAUAAUCGUGGGGGUGGAUACCGCGGUGGCAGAGGAGGAAACCGCGGCGGUAACGAUAGAGGAGGCGGUAGGGGUAACUUUAGAAAAUCGUUUGGCGAUAAUGAUAGGGGCAGUAGAGGUGGGAGGUUCAGUAAUGAUAGGGGCGGAAGAGGAGGGUUCAGAGGUGAUCAGAGCGGCAGGGGAGGUGGUUUCGGUAACAAUUUCAACGAGAGAGACAGUUUUGGUGCUAAGUCUGCAGAAAAUAAGAAAAUUACUUUCGACGAUUAAAUGGACGGAUUUUUAUGUUAAAUUGUAAUGCAAGAGGAUCCUGGGGCGAGAAGGCAAAUUAUGAUUUGAAACAUACUCGCGGAAAAUCUUUUAGACAUGAGAAAACGAAAAAGAAGAGGGGAUCCUACCGCGGAGGCACUAUCGACACUUGUAUUAAUUCCAUUAAAUUUGACUAGAUGAUUAUCAAAUGGUUUUUUAUCAUAAUUACUGUAAUUUAUAUAACUAUAGUUAUUUAAUUUAUUUUAAGGUAUAAACUCUUCAAUUGUGCGGAGGAUAUAUAUAUAUAUAUAUAUAUAAAUAUAUAUAUAUAUAUAUAUAUAUAUAUAUAUAUAUAAUAUAUAUAUAUAGUAAACUGAUUGAGAAAAGAUUUGUGACCUUCUUUGCUUUAACGAUUUCUUGGCCAUCCUUGUGUCAAUUAAAUAACAUGUUUUGUUGAUAAUACAACAUUCCUUUGAGAUUUGAAAAUUUAUAUUCAUUUAAAAAAAUGUAUAUAGAAUAAAUAUAUUCAGCCUCAAUAUUUAUCAUUCUCUUAAGACCUGUCAAUUGUCGGAUAUUUGCUCUUUGCUGUUAAUUAUUAAAUUUAUUCUCUUGUUUAAACUAAAAGCUCUUUUUAAUCGUAACUCAAUUUUCAACUACUUUAUGUCUACACAGUCUACAAUGUUAUUGUGCAAUCAGGAAUUAUAAUCCCAAUAGAGAUUCUUUUACCCACACCUGAUUUGUGAUUGUGAUCGCACAUGUUAGCCUUGAAUUAAUAAAAAAAUUAAUUUUUUUCAUACUUGCUGGCAGUUUUAUAAAUACAGUAAAGUGUUUUUCUUCUGACUGAGGGUUUGUAUUUUUUUACAAACAAGCCCCAUAUAAACUUAUUUUUGUGAAAAGUUUAUCAUAGUUGUAUGUUAAAAUGGUGCCUUCUCAUUUCAUAACUAUACUUUAGGUUUUAUGUAAGUGUAAAAUAGUAUUUCUGUGUGAUCAUUUGGACCUGCAUUUUUACAAUUAUUUACAAGUGCUGUAUCUUGUGGUACUUUCUGUGAUUCACAAACAUUGUACCGGAUCUAAACAGAAAAUGCGUCUAGAAUUGUUCAAUAUUGGAUAUUUUUAUUAAACAAUAAAUAUUUUAAAAC